CUUAAUAUCCAUGGAAACAGAGGUAGCUGUCUGGGGUAGUCAAGGAAAAAGCAUUCUUCGACAUGAGUCACAAUGGGGAACAAAUUAGUGACGUUCACGGACCAACAAUUAGAAAACUAUCAGGACUGUACAUUUUUCACUAGAAAGGAAAUUUUAAGGGUUUUCAAAAGGUUUCGGGAAGUUCGUCCCGAUAUUGUCCCGAAACAAAUGAAGAAAAACGAAGCCAUUAGCGUAAGAAUCCCGUUGGAGGACAGCAUAGAAAAAAUUCCGGAAUUACAUGAAAAUCCUUUCAAGACACGAAUAUGCGAAGUAUUCUCCCGAGACGGCAAAGGCAAUUUAUCCUUUGAGGAUUUUUUGGAUCUGCUUUCGGUUUUCAGUGAACAAGCUCCCAGAGAUAUAAAAGUUUUUUAUGCCUUUAGAAUCUAUGAUUUCGAUAGUGACCAACACAUCGGACCAGAGGAUAUUGACCAAGCGUUACUUCUGCUCACAAGAAAUACUGAAGAAUUGACUCCCGAAGAUAGACAACAAAUUGCGGAAAAAGUGAUUGAAGAAGCAGACGUCGAUGGCGAUGGGAAACUCUCGUAUAUGGAAUUCGAGCAUGUAAUUACAAGGGCACCGGAAUUCUUCUCUACCUUCCAUAUUAGAAUUUAAAACUGUGUACCAAUUUUUCUCAAAAUUUCAAAUAGUAUUAUUAAUAACAUAUUUAUUUUUUAGGAUAUUUUUAAUAAAUGGUGUAUAUUCGUUUUUGUACGCAUUGUAAAUAUUUCUAAUUAUAUAUCACCUUAGUAAAACAACUUUUAUCAAA